AUGAAAAAACAAAUAUUUUUUAUUAUUUUACUUUUUACAUUUUUAUUUUUUAUUAAUAAUAUAGAAUCAAAGAAUAAUAGUGUACUUGGAAAUUGUGAAAAGAAUCAAACUGCAAAAUAUAAAAAGAUAUCAUCCAAAUAUGGUAAUGAAGAAAUUAAAGAGAUUACAACCAAUCAAUUAAGCAAAGAUCAACUUGAAAAACAUGAAAUGUUUAUGAAGAUUGCAUUGGAAAUAGCAAUUAAAAGUAAAGUUAAAUUCGUUUCCAUCAUUGUAUCACCAGAUGAUCGUGUACUUUGUUCAGGUAUCUUCUCAAAAGAGAAUGCCAUUCUUCAUAGUGAAUUGGUUGCCAUUACAAAUUGCAGUUCGUCCCAUAAAAUGGUAACUUUUGAAAAUCAUACAAUCUAUAGUACUGCCGAACCAGAUUCAUUGUCUUCUUCUGCCAUCGUAUGGGCACGUUUCAAACAAGUUGUCUAUGGCUCUUCAAUUAAACAUCUCUAUUGUAAUGCUUGCUUCUCAAGUUUACCAAUUGAUUCAACUUAUAUUUUCUCAAGAGGUUAUGGUAUUGGAGUUGAAAAUAUCCAAUUGGUUGCUGGUGUUUUACAAGAUCAAACCGAUGCAAACUUUGGUUCCUAUUGUAAUUCGUCAAUAUCUUCAGUUUAUAAAACAAAUCCACAAUGUAAAUGUAAAAAUCCAAAAUUAUCAAAAGAAAAUACCAACAACAACGAUGAUGGUGAUGAUGAUAACAAAAACCAUCAUCGUCGUCAUAGUCAAAAUAAUGAAAUUGAUGUUGAUACUAAAAAUGAAAGAAAUCAACACCACCAUGACAAAGAUGAUAGUAUUGAUAACUUUUUCGAUGAAAUAAAAUCUGAUGAUGAUUUUGAUAAAAGAAUUGAAUCAGGUAAACAAGCUGAAAAGUCAAAGAAUAAAGAAAAAAAGAAACAUCAUUCUCACCAUCACUCUCACACUAGUAAAGAUGGUCGUAGUAGAACAAGUACAAGUACAAGUAUUUCAGGUAAUGGUCAUGCAACUGCUUCUGCCUCUGCUUCUUCUUCUUCUUCUUCUACUUCUUUCUCUCAUUCUUCCUCUUCAAAUGAUCAUCACCAUAAAAAGGAUAAAUCAAAUAAAAACAAAGACAACAAAGAAAAAGGUGAUAAAAAAGAUAAAAAAGAUAAAAAAGAAAAGAAAGAUAAGAAAAAAGAUAAAAAAGAUAAAUCAACCUCUGUAGAAGAAGAAAUCAAUACCUUAAAAGUCGAAAAGAAUUCAAUUUAA